AUUCAACUUCCGUUUGCCAAGCUGGCUUCAAGUUUAUUUUUGUUUCUGAGAUAUUAUUCAGAAUAUGAUAUGUAGAAUGCUUGUUAAAGUGCAAUUUUCGCUGAUCAAUGAAUGGUGGGAUAUAUGUUGAUAAUUUGCUUUGCCUGAAGGAAAAAACAGGACAGGUGAAAUAAAAUAAACCGACGAUGCACUUCAUUGUACAAACUGUGUUUGAUUCAUAAGGGUCUCGGAAAAUGUUAUUUAAAGGAAAUGUUUGCUAAGCUCAAGAAAAAAAUUGAAGAGCAGGGUGGCAGUGUUGCUGAUGGCGAGAAGUUUAAUAGCAGUGCAAAUGCUUCAACACCUUUGAAAGGAAUAAGUGCCAUACAGUCUUCAUUUGGGGACGAAUCAACAGCAGACACACCACUACAAUCUCCUAUCAAGCAAGAGGAGAGUCUUGAAACAGUUGGGAGCAAAGAAGAAGUGUUGAAUUUGCUGGUCAGGAGAACUGAACAGUGCAAAAAAUUGGAGAGUAAAAUCAGUGAGUAUGCAUCUAUCAUCAAGGAAAAGAAUAAGACCAUAGAGAAAUUGGAAGGCAGUCUGGAGAAACAGCAAGAAGCAACAGACCAAAAGAUCCAGGAACAGAAUGAGCAAUACCAGUUGAGUCGAGCCAAGCUGUCCGAAGGAUUCACCUUAGCUCUACAGAAGAAAGACGAAGAAAAACAAACCCUUAUAGACCGAGUCAAACAGCUGGAGGAGGAAAAAAGUUUGCAGUUCAAGCGCGAGGAGGAGAGUGAUGAACUACAAGGCUUGGUGGCCCAGGAGACAGCCAAAGUCAAACAUCUGUUACUGAAUACUCAGGAGGAAUUGUCUAAAGUAAAGGCAGAACUUGAGGAGAAGUCAGCAAGGCUGCAGAACACUGAGACAACAACAGAAAAAUGUGAGCAAGAACUCAGAACAGCUCAGGCCAAACUACAGGAACUACAGCAAACCUGUGACAUGUUAACAGAAGAGAACUCAUCUCACACCCAGCUGGUAGGGAGUUUAUCAACUGAGAAAGAGUCAUUGCAAGCCAAAAUAGACCACUUGACGGCACAGGUAGCAGAGAAAUCAUCCCUUAUCUCCAGUCUAGAGGAAGCAAAUACAGAGUUGGAAAGCAAGCAACAGGGGAUGAUAAGAAAUUUUGACCUUCAUAAAAAUAAGACCACUAAGCUGCUCGAGGAGAAGGAUGAUCACAUAGAGAAAUUACAGGAGCGGAUCCAGAUGUUAGAGCAGAGGUUUCAGGACCAAAACCUUGUGGGAGACGACAGAGUGCAGGCCCUUGAGAAUGAGAGAAGUACCCUGGAGAAAAAGCUGGAAGAGACCAGACAGCAGCUGACAGAGAUCAAGUCUACCUGGAGUGACAAGAUCUCUCACCUGGAACAGCAGAUCUCCCACCUGAAUCAGAAGAUUAUAGAAGACAGCGAAGAGUUGGCACAUAGCCAGAAGCUUACAGAAACAGUUCGGGAAAACUUCACCGCGCAGGUUCAACAUCUGCAGUCCAAAAUAGAUGAUGCUGAAAAGAGAGCAGAAGAAAAUUGGCAGUUGGCCAAUAAAAAAGACCAACUCUAUGAAAAGGAGAAAUCUGAGAUUGAAAACCAGCUGCAGAGAGUUAAAUUUGAGAAGAUAGAUGUUGAAAACAAUCUACGAGCAAAAAUUGACUCCUUGGAAUCCCAGAUAUUAAGUUUAGAAGAUGCAAAAGAACAUGAGAAAACAAAUUCAGACUUCAAAAUAUCCCAGUUUGAGAGCGAACAGCAGGACUACAUGGAUAAACUUCUUGACCUCGAGAAAAAAAUGGAGGAGGUAGAAGGAGAGAAAAACAAACACAUGAAUGAGAUUAUGUCACUUUCCAGUGAAGUAAGAGUCUUAAAAGAUCAGCUGGAACAGGAGAAAACACUGCUGAAGGAGUCUCAGGAAAAGGUGAAGAACCAAGAAGUUGUGAUAUCAACCAUGACUGAGGAAAUGUCAAGAUCCAAGAAUUCAAGCAAGGAGAGAGAGGAGGAAUUUUCUUCUUGCAGUAAAGAAAAGGAUGAUUUGUGUUUGCGCAAUGCUGAACUUUCACAAGAACUAGUCACAGUUAAGAGGGACUUGGAAUCACAGAUCCAGAGACUACAAAGUGAUAUUAGUGAAAAAAAUAAAGUUAUAGAACAGUUACAGGCAAAUGUAAGUCAGUCGCAGAGUGAAAUUAGUGAACAUGUUACAAAACUUGAGGAAUAUCAAAAACUUCAGGAGCAACAUUCCGAUCACAGUAGUCAAAUAACAGACUUGGAACAACAGGUAACUGAUCUACAGGACCAAGUGGCUGAUAAAAACAAAGCCCUUAAAAAACAGGAGCAGAGGCUCAGUGACUUAAAGAAGACCCUGCAGAGAGAGCUCAAAGUCCAGGCAUUACCGAAUGACCAACCAAUGAACAUUAGGUCCGAGUCCCCUCUGCGGGACCAAACAGGUGCUACUAAUCAGGCUCCACAUCAAAGUUUACAACAAAUUCAUUCAGACGGUUUCCAUAAUGGUGGUACAAGGAGCAGGGCUCCACCCUCCCCUAAUUUUACAAGUGCUGGUAACUUUCUUCCUGCCGAGUCCAAUCUCUCCCCUAGUUCACCCGCAGUUCUUCAUGACAUUAGCAGUGUCCAACAUUCAGCACAAUUUCAAGAGAGAGUUCAAAGUUUACAGGAUAGCAUUGAAGGCAGAGGUUACAUUCCUAAUAGUGCUGCAGACAUGAACUCCUUGGAAAAGGAUAUCAAUUUUCAGUAUCUGAAGCAUGUUGUGAUGAAGUUUAUGUUGAGUCGAGAAUCAGAGGCAAUCCAUCUGAUCAGAGCAGUCUCCGUUCUUCUAAAGUUCAGUGCAGAGGAACAGAAACUGAUUAGAGAGACAUUGGAGUGGAAGAUGUCAUGGUUUGGUAGUAGACCUUCCACUGGUGGGGGCCAGAGGGCCAAAUUUAUACCUCCCUCAUUUUAGACAAACAAAUUGAAAUAAAUUCCAUUGUGAACCGAAUAUGUGUGGUAUGCAUUGUCAGUAAUAGAUACUGUAUUGUGAAACUGCAUCUGUUUUAUGGUACAGUUUACUUUUCCUGUAGUAAUAAAUCAAUACUAUCUUCAAUCAUUUAGCUAAAAGAAAUUAACAUGCAUUUAAAGUGUUCAAUUACAGUCAUAGUAUGCUGCAAAAUACAUUUAAUUGUAUUUGUCAGGAUCAAAAUGUCACUUACCGGUAUUGUAAAUUAUUGUCUAAUGUCUCGUCUCUUGCUCUUGACAGCUGUCAAGUCUUCUCAUCUUUCUAAGCAAGCUUUGAAGGAUUACCAUUGCCCAUGGGUAGUGAGAUUAGUACUCUUAAGCUGCUGCUAUACUCUAAACAUAAUGGGAUGUAUUGUGUAAUUGUGCAACUUUGAAUAAGUGCAACCAUGGUGGAAGUAUACGUUAAGGUUAUUUAUUAUGUCAUACACAACACAAAUUUGUGUAUUGCAAUAUGCGUAUUAAACUUAAUAUAAUUGUGAA